AGAUGAUAAAGUGUCAAUGUGUACGGGAUCUUGCGGUACUACCAUCGUGACUGACUGACGGCAUGUUGUGCGGAGAUUAAGGUUUUGACUGACCCGAUAGGCAAUAGAUUGCCCAUACACGAGAACUUGUUCUAUCGUUGAGGAGUGCGCGACCAUAAUCUAUCCGCUUGCACCACACCGGCACCAUCGAGACCAAAUAGUUGUGGAACAGACGGCGCAGGCGAGCAGUCCUCGGCCAGAAAGAUCGGGCACCACGGACAUUGUCCCCGAGACGAACGAUCAAGAUAUCACCUCAUACCAAGUGCCUUAGGAGUUUCGACAAGACUACAUAUCAUCACUCAAAUCAAGAACAAUGUAUCUCGAUCGAUCAAGUCCAUUGCUGGGACUCCCCUUCGAACUCCGCAUGUCAAUCUACCAAUACGUCCUGCGCGAUGAAGUAGACAUCACGCUCGGAUGCAUGCCAUCUAUCGACUCGUCGGGAGCUCAAAGCUACAGGUUAGCGGUAAAGGGUGGUUACCACCCUGCCCUGCUCUCAACUGUGACGGACGAUGGACACCUUUACUCCUCAUCCGAGGCUCAUGAACUCGCCAGAAACGUGGCCCUCCCCACCACAGCACACUGUUCCCUGCUGGCAACAUGUCAGAGGAUCCACGCCGAGCUACGAGACAACUUCCCUAAGCCAGCACAGCGACGCACACAUCUGUUCGUACAAUAUCCCCACGGCCUGAAUCUCCUCGCGACAGUCUUCCCGCAUUUGGCCUACCACGCCCGAAGUCUCCACAUCACGGGAGUCUACUCUCCACCCGAGAAGACGAAUCUCCAACUACAGCAACAAAACUCACAAACCACCGACAACGGAGAAGGAGGCCAAGGAGAAGAAGAAGAAGAAGAAGAAGAAGUAGAAGAAGACAUCGACCGCAACCGAAACCGCUCCCCAAUCCUCACGUCCGCCGCCGCCGCCGCCAAAACCGCAUCCGCACCCCCCAGCACGUCUCCGGCCUCUCUACCGAACGCCCUAACCAGCCUCCUCGCGACCCACUUCCCCAGCUCCGGCCCCGAGUGCUCCGCCCCGAACUCGUCCAUGAGCCUCCUCAAUCUGCGAAUCUUCUACCCGGGGCCGGACGGAUACAACACGGCGUGGACCUCGGAGGACUCGCCCGUCGCGCUGGCGCUCAGGGGGAUCUCGACGGCGGAUUUCCGGCUGGAGAAUUGGCAUCGGGGAGGCGACGACCGGGCGGAGGACGGCGGCGGCCUGGUGCUGCAUGUGAGGCGCAGUGAGAGCGGGGAGAGGACGGUGAGGGCGAUUUGGAGGAGGUGGACGGUUGCGGUUGCGGUUGCGGUGGAGGAAGUCGGUGCCGUGGGAGAGGACGGAGGACGAGGAGGAGGAGGAGGUGAGGUUGGACGACGAAGGAGGAGGGAGUGGUGGAGGGAGUGGUUGGUGGAUCCGAGGUGGCCGGGUUGUGAGGAGGAGUAUCGGCUGCCGGAGGAUUGAAAUUGGAGGGAUUACUUAUGGGAUCGAUGUGUGAGUGGAGUGCAGUGGUUGAGGGCUCGAUUGCAUCUGUGUGCUAUGAAUUGUGCGUACUGUCGGAGAGGGACUAAUCGGUUCAAUGAUAUCGGUGUGAUCCUAUCGUUGGGAAAGUCAUACGGUAUGUCAAUAGUCUACAGUUUGUUAGACGGACGGAGGUCGAUGUCUCGUCUAUUCCAAGGGAAAGUCAAGGGUCGGGCGAGGACACGAGACGCAC